CUACAAUUUACCCUCUUUUUAACACAAAAGGAAAAUAUUUAUCAUAAACUAUUUGGCAAGUAGUGUCUUCUUGGGUUAGGAUAAACCUGCAACUUUCUCCUAUCCUCUGCCUCCCAACUUCAACAGAGUAAAAGAGAGCAAGCGAAAGAGAUGAGUUCUUCAAUCUGCACACCCAAUUCUCUCCUUUCUUACACCCGCUUGAAACCCAAUUCCAAUACUCUUCAUCCCCCUCUUCCAAAACGCCCAUCAACCCUUUCUUUCACUCCCAGAGCUUCUCUUUCAGUCCCUAAAGAAGCAGUUCUCAAAUCCUUCCAUGAAAGAAGAGCACUCAAGAUCAUUUCAGGCUUGCAGAAUUUCAACAAAGACAACGUUGCUUCUGUUGUUAUCGCUGCAGAUAAGGGUGGAGCUACUCAUGUGGAUAUAGCUUGUGAUCCGGAGUUGGUCAAACUCGUCACCAGCUUGACUUCUCUCCCUAUUUGUGUGUCGUCAGUAGAUCCAUCUGCUUUCCUUGCUGCUGUAGAAGCUGGAGCUUCCAUGGUGGAGAUUGGGAACUAUGAUUCAUUCUAUGAUGCUGGCAUUGUUUUUUCACCCGACCAGAUAUUGAACUUAACUGUUGAGACGCGAAAAAUUCUUCCGUUUGUGACAUUAUCUGUCACUGUGCCUCACACACUAAGCCUCCCUGAUCAAGCGAAGCUUGCGGAGCAAUUGCAACAAGAAGGUGUUGACAUUAUUCAAACUGAAGGAGGAAAAUGCUCCAAUCCUUCAAAGCCCGGUGUUCUUGGUUUGAUUGAAAAGGCGAAUCCAACGCUAGCAGCAGCGUAUACAAUUUCACGUGCUGUGAAGAUCCCGGUGAUGUGUGCAUCUGGAUUAAGUGCGGUCACAGCACCAAUGGCCAUCACUGCAGGUGCUGCAGGAGUGGGUGUUGGGUCAGCGAUCAACAAGUUGAAUGAUGUGGUUGCGAUGAUUGCGGAAGUGAGAAGCAUUGCAGAUUCAUUGGGGUUGUCGAUGAACACGGGAAGUGAGUUAGAGAAGAGAGCUUUGAGAGUGUAGAGAGUUGUUUAGUUUGAAAUAAAUAGGUGCAAUUGUUGUUCAUGUAGAGUGAAGAAGAUGAAUCUGUUGUUUGACUUUUGACUUUUGUCAUCUAGGAGUCAAACAUGUAAAGAACCAUGAGAGGU